AGACAGCCGAGCAGCCGCUGUCACUGCAGACGGUCUGAGCUUGUGCGAAUUGAAAAGAAAAAGUAAAAUAAAAUAACUCGCCGUUCUUCGCAGAUAAACAGACAAAAGACAGACGGCGGGGAGAAUGGACGAACAUUGAUGAACGGUGAUCUUGAUCUUCACGGUACUCGAGACACUCGGUUUGCAGGGUUCGUCGCUCCCGUGAUUCUGUUGCGCAGCGGAAAGACAAGUGUCGCAUGAAAAAAAAUUGUGAUGCGAGUGAGGAACGAGGCUUCGGAGAAACUCUCGAACGGGACGAUUGAUCAAAGUUGCGGCGCCCCGUUAAAUUAGGAGUCAGUAAUUCCCCGCUGCAGUGCGAAUAACGCAAGCAUGGCGUACCCUGGCAUAGCUUUUGUUGCCAUGAUCGGUGUCGGCCUUGGUUUUGCACUCUGGUACUUCCUGGCCGACAGCCCUCAGGCUCAGGGUCCCCAUGGUUCCGGACCACCACCUCCCAGGGGAGAAACGGCGCCCAACAACACCUGGGACGCACCAAACGACACCAGGUCCAGACGACGUCGGAGAAAUACUGGUGGGCCAAAAGAGGAUUGCUCGAUCUGUUCGGAGACACUUGAACGCGAUACAACUACUGUGGCCUGUGGACACGAAUUUCAUAUCCGCUGCAUUACCAAAUGGCGUGAGGUCGCGCUUAACAUGGGAGGCCAUAACACCUGUCCACUUUGUCGGCGACGUAUCUGAGCCUCUGAACUCGGAAAUUGGAGAGGUGUUUGUUGCAAAAUGAGAUGAAAUGUGAUUACUGAAUUUCAUCAAGUCAGCGCCAUUCAAUAUAAAUUAUUGAUUGACUGAAUGAUUUUAGUACCGGUGCCUGUCCGUGGCAAUAAUUAUUAAAUUAUACAUAAAAUUGAGGAAUCGAAAAAAAAAUUUUUAUACACUUUGUUUAAUCAAAGUAGCUCUUAUGCCGAUGAAUUGUAGAUAGCUGAUAUGUGUAGUCAGCUGUGCUAUAAGCAAUUAUAUACUGUAAAAUAUUAUACAAAUACCUUCAAUAUUCUACUGAAUAUUUUUAUAUUUUGUUCUGAAUUCUUUUCAGUCGAAAUUUCGCUUAGUUAUUGUUGAUUAGAAAUAUUUCAGAAAAGCAAAAAAACAAAAUGAAUUAAUCAAACAAUAUUCUGCCAACUAGUGAUAUUGUUGUUUGUAAUACUGAAUAAUUAUUUUUAGUACCAUUUCCGUUUACUCGUUUUUUUUUUUUCCUCUCUUUUGAGACUGAAUCCUUGGAUCAAAUGCUCUUUUAUUUGCCAAGGCUAGUUGUUUAUACGAGUUGCUUCUUUUCCUAUAUUGUGUUUCAGUCAUAAAAACAAGUUUCUGGAAAUCGGUGAUACCGCAGAGCUUUCAAUAAAAUUUUAUCACGGGGAUUUUGUUUGGUAUUUUGGUUUCCGUUGAGGUUUUUUUUGUUGUUAUUUGUUUUUUUUUCUCUCUUCUUUCUUUCAAUUAAACACUCGACGAAGUCGCGCAGCGAUAGAUGAAAAAAAAUUGUUGUGUUAGAAUAAGUGCCCUUAUUAAUAUUUAACUACGUCUAAUAUGGUUAAUUGUAAUCAUCGUUUUAAAAAUAAUCAACGAAUAAAGUCUUUCAAAGUA